CUUCUGUUGCUGUACUACAUCACUGCGUUUAGUUCCCCUAGAACUUUCUCUUCCGUUGUUCAUCACGGUCCACAUUAUCCGCCUGCUUUUGGGUAUUACCUGUUCGGUGGUCGGGGAGAUAAAGAUCGGAUCUUUCGGUUAUUGCUUGCUGUUUAUCAUCCCAGGAAUCGGUAUUUGCUGCAUCUUGGGGCAGAUGCCUCCGAUGAGGAUAGGUACAGGCUUGUUGCGGCCGUGAAAUCUGUUCCGGCGAUUAGUAACUUCGGAAACGUGGACGUCGUUGGAAAGCCUGAUCGUUUUAGUUAUAUGGGGUCGUCACAUAUCGCAGGGACAUUGCGUGCUGCUUCAAUUUUGCUUAAACUCGAUUGCGGGUGGGAUUGGUUUAUUGCUUUGAGCGCCAAGGAUUAUCCGUUGAUCACACAAGACGAUUUGUCUCAUGUAUUCUCCACAGUUAAAAGAGACCUUAAUUUUAUUGAUCAUACUAGUGACCUUGGAUGGAAAGAAGGUCAGCGCAUCCAACCUAUUAUAGUCGACCCUGCAGUUUACCUAGCCAGGAGGACGCAAAUUUUUACAGCUACAGAGAAACGACCAACACCAGAUGCUUUCAAAGUAUUCACAGGUUCACCUUGGGUUGUCUUGAGCAGGUCCUUUCUGGAAUUUUGCCUUUUUGGGUGGGAUAACCUACCCCGGACCCUUCUCAUGUAUUUCAACAAUGCCAUUUUAGCAGAAGAAAGCUAUUUCCAUACGGUCAUUUGCAAUUCCCCAGAGUUUAAGAAUACAACUGUAAACAGUGACCUCAGAUUCAUGAUCUGGGACAAUCCUCCAAAGAUGGAACCCCACUUUCUCAACAUCACUGACUUUAAAGAAAUGGUUAAAAGUGGAGCUGCUUUUGCAAGACAGUUUGGACAAGAUGAUCCUGUGCUGGAUAUGAUUGAUGAGAAGAUCCUCAAGCGUGGGCAGAACAGAGCAACCCCAGGAACUUGGUGCACUGGCCGGAAGACCUGGUGGAUUGAUCCUUGCUCCCAGUGGGGUGAUGUAAAUGUCUUGAAGACUGGACCUCAAGCAAAGAGGUUUGAGGAGAGUAUCACAAACCUUCUCGAUGAUUUGAAUUCACAGUCCAACCAAUGCCAAUGAAGACAUGCUAACAUGAGAUGGAUAAUGUGAGACAUGGGUGCAUAUACGUUGCAUCUGAAUCCAAUGAAAGGAUCAAAAGACCGCUAUCAGACGAGAUAUUAUUCUUUGGUCUGUAUGCCUAUUUUUUGGGGUUGUUACCGCGGGGUUCCACAUUGUUUAUAUGACGUGCAGAAGCAAGUGAAUUCACUUGAGAUUUUUGGGACUAGGGGAUUUGGGGGGGGGAGGCUAUGAUUAACGUAGGGCCAUCCAGGAAGAUGUUCUGUCUCUUGUACUGCCUCCUGUAUUCUGUUGUCUGUUUUACACUUCUACUUUUCAUUUGGCACUUUGAUGUUGGAACAGAAAUUCUUUCAUAAAAAAAUCAUUGUAUUGAUU